AUGAGCAAAAAGAUAGAGGAGUCUGACACUCCUGCUGCUGAUAUGGAUCAAUCUAUUAAUAAAACAAAUCGCUGUACAUUAUCUAGUAACACAACAAUGAUCAUUAUUCCUCCAAAUAUAUUACAAGAUAUGGGGAUCAGUGAUUCUAUGGUAAACGGUGAAAGUAUUGUAUCUGCUUUGGGGCUUAUUAGGAAAGAUAAUAUCCGAAAUAGUGUUCUGGCAAAAGAGUCUAAGGAUCGUAAGGUUUUUAAAUGUUUUGAGAAUGCUACAAAUUCAAAGAGUGUUACGAAACCCACAAUGAAAAUUGUUAGUGAAACUGAAUCAACAGAUGAUACAGAUAAUGAAAUCCAGACAAGUCCAACAAAAGUGCCUAAAAUUAACAAAGACAAUGAGAAGUUAAUACCUAAAGUAAGCUAUACAAGACCAGUGAAAAGUAGUUUUCAUGUUACAGGAAAGAAGAAAAGUAAAGCAACUAAUUUAGAAAGUAGUCAAACUACCUCAAAAUAUACACCAAAGCCUCCAGAAAUAGAUAAAAAUAUUGAACAAUGUAGUAGUGGGAAGAGUUUAGGCGGAAAUUCAAAAAAUCAGAAGGAAACAGGUAGUAAAUAUGAAACUAAUGAAAAUAUACAUGGCAGAUCUAAACGCGUUCGCAAGCAAACUAAAUUCGAUGAUUACAUUAUAUCAUACAAAGAAACUGCAUCUUCAGAUCAAACGAAAAGGAAUACUCGCAGUAAAGAAAAAAAACGAUUACUAAAUGUUAAUACUUUAUCAGAUGCAGCUGAAAGAAAUGAUACAAUUAAUCGAAAAAGAUUUUUAAACGAGGAGCUGCAAAUCAAGGAAUAUGAAAAUGUAAUUCAUUCUGUUACUCCAGCCAUAACCACAGAAGUACUGCCUUUGAACUUCAAUAGUAUUACUGGAGAUCGUUUAAAUAUUAAAAACAAUAAAAAUAAUUCUAAAGACGAAUUAAAUGAUACAUUUAUGAAUGCUGAAACUGUAGGAGACAUGGAACUGAAUGAUAAGAAUGAUAAUGAAAUACCUAAAGGAUCAACAAAUAACUCCUUGCCUGAAGAUACAAAACAAACUGAUAUAAAAGCAAAUUUAAAAGUACGCGAAACCGAAGAUUUAAAUGAUAGUUCGGGUUUAUGUAAUAUUGACAGUGUGAAAUAUAUUAACACAAAUACUACUCAGAAUGAGAAUGAUGUAGUAUUCAGUACAGUAGUUUCAGAGAAUCAAAAUUUUAGUCAUCAGUCUACUCCAGCUACACCACCAGUAAGAAAAAGAGGAAGACCUAGGAAAAUUCCUUUGAUACAAAAAACUCCAGGCACUUUGAACGAAUCAGAUGGAAGUUUGACAAAAAUGGAUAACUUUUCUAUUGCAGAAACAGUUAUUCAUAGUAAGAGACAUGGUGAAAGUUCAUAUAAUAUUUCUAGUAAUGAUGGAUUCAGUAAUGGUAGUGAUAGUGAAGAUAACACUUUAAAUUCGUUCAUUGUUAGAAAAAGGGGUAGACCAGCAGGUUCAGGCAGAGGUAGGGGUAGAGGUAGAGGAAGAAGUAGUGGUAAAGGUAAAGCAUCCCAUUCUAUGUUAGAUAUUGAAUAUGUACCGAAACUAAAGGGACCAACAUCUCCAGAAAAGAUAAAAGCCGAACUUUCUUCUGGAGUAACAGUUGAUUCUAGUACAUCAGAAGUAAUAUGUGGUAAAUGUGAAGAAAAAAUGCCAAAAAGACAAUGGAAUUCACACAGUUUGCUCAAACAUAACUAUAUGUGUUGGAUACAGGGUGAUGAACCUUUGGAUUUCGAGAAUAAUAUUAAAUUAUGCAGAAGUGUACUAAUGGCUGCCGUGAAGAAAAAGAAGGGCAAAUUGACUUGUGAAAAAUGUGGAGCUAUUAAACGGAGUGCAAAUGGUUUUAUAUCUCAUAUACAAUUUUGCGGAAAGUCUGAGGAAGAGAAACAAGCUUUGAUGAUGACAUGCCCAAUUUGUUGUACUGUCAUAAUGCCGUCUUCUAUGGAAAUACAUGCGCGGACACAUAAGCAGGCAGAACAAAGUAGAAUGAAAGAAUUGCAGUUGUUUUCAGUAGAUAAUGAAAAAGUGAAACGUAAAGCUGCAGAGAAAGCUGUGACGAAAAUUUUAGAAUUCACUGAACUUGUCAAAGAUAAUUCAUCUAUCGAGAAGAAACUGAAACUUGAACCUUCGUUAUUGAAAAGUGUGAUAAAAAAGCCAGAACAGAAAAAGUCUAUACCAGGGGUGUGGAAAGGUAUAUGGAAAAGAGAGUUGAACUCGCAGGGAUCAAUAUCUUGCCAUCAAGUGGGCUGUAAAUUCACAACUUCUUUAUUUGAUGAUAUGUGCAAACAUUUUUUUACCUGUAGUUUCGUUCCUAAAGAGUGUUAUGUAUGUAGGAUAUGUAAAUUUUCAAUUACCACCUACCAAGAAAUGGUAACACAUGUAACGGAGAAACACGGGGAAGUAGAAGAAGCCGAUAAAUUCUCAGACUUCGAGGACGAACAUGAAAGUAUAGAUGAAAGAUUAUCUUAUAAAUUCAUAGACAAAGAGAAAACGUACAAAAUUCACUGGACAGAGCCGUACUUUCCGGCUAUACAUUGGACUAUGGAAUUUGAGCAAAGAAAUUAUGAGCUUCAUUUGUAUCAAGAUCAAACUCCCAAUGAAUUUACGUUAUUAAAAAAUUCCGAUGCUAUUAGGUAUUUACCACAAUCAGAAGUUUCCAUGAGAACAAAGACAGAAAGUAAACAAUCUGACAAAUUGUCUGAUACAGAAACUACAUGGAAACAAUGGAAAAGGUUUGAAGGUGGUUUUGAUCAAGAGAUUCCAACAUUUUUUGUCGGUGGUCCAGUAUGGGCAUUAGCAUGGUUGCCGAUACCAUCACCAAUGUUCUCUAAAGAACCUACUCAAUAUGUUGCUAUCAGUACUCAUCCAACUAUGGAAAGUGAAUAUACUGUAGGAAAAGCACAUGUUGGACCUAAUAUAAUACAAAUUUGGAACGUAGGAACUUUAGAUCACACGGCUGAUAAUAAAAGAGUACCCGCCUUAUCGUAUGCUCUUGCACAUAACACUGGUACCAUAUGGUGUUUAGAAUGGUGUCCGUCUGGAUGCUAUGAAGAUGAAAGUCUGAACAAACAUAAACAAGAAAAGGAACUGCAACCUAAACUUAAGCGAAUGGGUAUGCUUGCAGCAGCUUGUUCAGAUGGCAAUGUGUACAUUUAUUCACUGCCCUUUCCGGAGCAACUCAAAUUUGAAGAAACCGAGGAAAAUACAUGGCCCAUAUAUCGCACUGAUCCAAUUAUGAUACUGGUUGUAAAUAUACCAAUGUACGAUAGUAAUGAUCAGAACUGGCAAUGCACUAAAUUAUCUUGGAGCAAAGAACAUGGACAUAAUACAAUUGCUGCUGGAUUUUCAAAUGGAUAUAUUGCAUUGUGGGAUCUUACAAAUAGAUCACCAUUAUCAAUGCAAAAGAGACAAAAUACAUAUUUCAUAAAUGCAUUCCAGCAUUUUUUUGCUCAUGGUAAUGCUGUGAGUAUGGUCGCGCUAGUCCCAUUCAAUGGAGCAAGGUUUUUAGCUUCAGGUAGUCUAGACAGAGGAUACAAAUUCUGGAAUUUAGAAGAUACAAGUACCCCUCAAAGUUCUACGCAGAAGGGUAUUAUAGCAGAUGGCGCAUGGAUGACACAUUGGCCAUGUGCUGUUAUUAGUUUUGAUGAUGCGCUUGGAUAUAAACAUACGAAUUCCUAUUUAAUUCCAUUAAGAGAUAAGGAAUCCAGAUUUUAUCCAAUUUUGCCAACAAAUUCUCCUACUUAUACUUUAUCAGUCUCUGAUUAUGGAAAUAGUAUUGCACAUGGCACAUUAGCAGGAGAGAUAUUAACAAUCUUUCCUCAUCAACUUAUACACACUAAGGAUAUUGAUAAAGCCACACAGAAGAAAAGAAAGUUAAGUUCAUAUAUUAAAAUAAUAGACUUCACAGAGGCAAACUGUGAGGUUGAGAAUGACAAAAAGAAUUCAAAAGAGUAUCAGUACAUGCCCGAAACUUACACAGAAUGCAAAGAUCGUUUCGGUAUUUUAUUUUGUGAUAAUCUACAGGAUACCGAGCGUUACGCACAACCACAGUCAUUGUACACAGAAAAGCUAACUGCAAUUUCAAUGGAAGAGUAUCCAUUUACAUCAGUAAAUAGGAUAUCUUGGAACCCAAACACUUGGAGCUACUUGUGGUUAGUAGCAGGUUAUCAAAAUGGCUUGGUAAGACUGUUAAACUUCAAAUACAUGUCCAUGCCACGAGAAUUAAAGGCAUGGUUACCACAUCACGUAGAACAGAUGCUUAAGAAAGCAAACAACAUUAGAAACGAAAUUUGUUAAUACAUAAAAUAAUGAAAUACUGAUUUAUACUUUUCUAAGA